UCACUUUGUAGACCAGGCUGGUCUCAAACUUACAGAUACACGUCUGCCUCUGCCUCCCUGAGUGCUGGGAUUACAGGCGUGCGCCAUGAUGUCCAGCUGACUUCAUUGCUUUCUAAAUUCUAAUUUAGUCUUCUUUGUGCUGAGCCUGGGAGCUGGACCAUCCUAGGCAAGUGCCCUACCACUGAGCCAUAAACCCCAGAUUUUCUUCAGUCCUGCUCUGCAUCCCAUUUCCACCCUGGGCCAGUGUAAUGAAUGUUGAUGACAGCUCUUCCAUACCUUUUCUCCCUUACUGUCUUGGCCACCUGCUUCCUGUUAGUUUCUGCUGGAAGAAGUUAGAGGCCUUUAGUGUGGUAGGCCGAGGCUUACUCUUUGUACCCUCUUCUGCAGUGAGUGGCCAGUAGACUUAACUUCCAUAAAGGUAUUUCUCAAGAGAAACAUGGCCAGAAUUCACAGUACACUUCAUCCAAUAGUGCCUAAAAUAACAAAACAGCCGUGGUGAGAUUCGGGUUGACACUUGAAAGGUGACCUCCUACUUUAGAAGCUUGGUGUUUGAGAAGUUUCCUUCUGCCUCCUAGCAUCACCAGGUGUGCUUGCCCAGUGUGGCAUGCCUGGUUUCCAGUGCUGUGUUUAUGACUGUCACCUUGCUUCCUUCACUGGGAUCAAAGCUCUGUGUACGUUGCCUGGGAGAACAUCUACUCUUCCUUCCUUGUUAGCAGAGCUGAGGCAUUUUCAAUUUGGAGCAAAGACAGCUCUCUGCUGACACCUUAGCAUGUAGUAGCAUCUGGAGUGAUAAACAGAUUCAGUGAGGACUGCCAGGUGGCCCUAGACUCUUCAGGUGCUGCUUCUUGUAGUCUCCCUCUCCCUUCUUCUCUAGUCUGUGGUUUAUUGAGCCACAUUGAGAAAAGCUGGGGCUUUUCUACAGAGCCCCACCGGCUGCCCAACCAGGUGCUGUGAGGAGAUUGAGUCUUUAGUGGCUACAUUGUCCUUCAGGAACCAAAAGCUCACACUCGUCCUGUUGAGGAGUGGUGUUAGUCUUUUCAUAGUCGAGAACAGGAGUGGAAGGGGUUCCUUGGGAUUGAAUGCCAGGAAAUCCUGUCUGGUCUAAGGCAGCGUUGAUUAGCUCUGUGUGACCCCUUUGUGCUUUUAAAUAGCUGAUGUACUGCCCUUGGGUGUCUGUGGAAUCCUCUCUGUUCUGAUUCGGAAUACCCCUGCUUUUUACAGUUUUUUUUUUUUUUUACAGUAACCCAAUAGCCUGUGUCUUUAGAUGUUUGGUACUUUGCAGUCCAUAUUUCUCUCUCUCUCUCUCUCUCUCUCUCUCUCUCUCUCUCUCUGUGUGUGUGUGUGUGUGUGUGUGUGUGUGUGUGUGUGUUUUAAAGUGUAUAGCUCAGUCUGGCCUCAAACUUUGAACCCUGUCUUGGCCUCCUGAGUGCUUUAAUUACAGGCAUGUACCAACUAUGGACAGAAACCUUUGCAUUCUUUGAGUCUUCCAAGAAGAUGGUGUAUUACUAUCUUCACAGUUUAAAAUGCCUUAAUAGUGAAGCUUUUGACUGUCAGUUCUCACCACCUGUCUCUAGGUUCCAGAUGCCCAAGUUAGGAGAGCUUAUCGGUUCAAGGCUGGGAAAGAGAGGCAAGUUUGCUUUCUUAGCUGAGCUCUGAAGUGAAGCAUCCAUUUCUACCAGCUACAUGUGCAAAUAACGGGGGGUGGGGGGGGAGGCAGUUCGUAUAAGGAUGCAAAUGAAUGCAAAUGUAUUACUACCUGCAUCUGUGUGUAUAUAUAUUCUGUUAGAAACAGAACUAAAGACUUGUUCAUUUCUUUGUAUAAGCAACUAUAGGCUUCAGUCAGGCUUGGGGUUGGUUUCAACUCUACAAGUAACCUUGCACAGAGAAAAAUCACUUGUCCUCAGUUUACUUAAUUUUUUUGAAAGAAAAAAUGUUACUGCCAUAGUGGUAUCACCAUAUCUUUUUUAUAGUGUUGCUCUUUAUUUUUUAAUUAAAAGAAUUACUUUGCAUCAGUUGUGAGUACGUAUACAUGGAGGUCAGAAGACAACUUUUAGGAGUCAGCUCUCAACUUUCUACCCUGUUGAUACAGGAUCUCUUGUUUCUGCGGCUUCUUUUAAUGUGGGUCUCAGGUAUGGAACUCAUCAGCAAGUACCAACCAGCUUUACCCACUGAACCAACUUUACCCACUGAACCAGCUCCCUAGUCUGCUUUUCCUUUCUAAAAAUGUGUUUUGAGUGACUUGCCUGUGUGUGUAUAUACUUAGUGCAUGCUUGGUGUCUGCAGAGGUCAGAAGGGGGCAUCAGAUUGCCUGGCACUUGAGUUAUGGAUGGUUGCAAGCCACUACAUGGGAGCUGGUUCCAAAACCAUGUCUACUGCAAGAAUAAGUGCUCUUAAUCUCUUCAGUCCCCGUCCCCCCUGUUACUAUUAAAUUAGAAUGAAAGUAAAGACUUUAUUGGGUACUGGAUAAAUAGGUUCCAGUAACAGACACUUGGGAUCAGCAAGCUUUUAUUAAGCCAAAGUCUAUUCAGAAUCAUAGGAAGGCACAGAACACCUUACCCCCUCCCCAUGGUUUUUUGCACCCUGUCCCAGUCUCCCGAGUUCCACUUUAGCCAUACAGACCUUGCUGCCCUGUCACACAGUGGGCAGGCUGCACCUCCUCCUCCCCCCAAUGUCUUCCCCAGGUCUUGACUCAACUUUCCCCAGGUUUUUUUUACUUAAUUCUGAGAUCCUUCAGUUCUCUGAAACUCCUUGAUCACUCUACAUGAAUUAGCAAAUUUGGAUGCAGUGCUUGCCACUUGCUGCCAACACUUAGGAUGCUACACCCAGAGGGUAUGAGUUUGAGGCUAGCCUGUGCUAAACAGUCAGUUCCAGGUAAAUCUAGGCUGCAUGGCCAGGCUUUAUUUCCUUUUCUUAUCUGCCUCCCUUGCCUCCACAGCAUUUUCACUUGGAAGGAGAAAGUAUCAGGCCAAUCCUGUGGGUUGGGCUUUGAGCAGGUUCAGUGUAUUGGCCUUGUAGUUAAUCAGAACAGAAUCAACAAUCAUUCCUACAGCCUCUCGAUGGAUCCCGUCCGGCCAUUGUUCAGGGGGCCCACUCCUGUCCACUCAUCUCAAUGUGUUCGGAUGCCAGGCUGUUGGCCACAAGCUCCUAGACCCUUGGACCCAGCCUGGGGUAGGGCAGGACCUGCAGGCAGAGGCCUUGUGUUUAGAAAGCCAGAGGAAUCCAGUCCACAACUCCAGCCAGUACAAAAGGAGUCUGUGGGUUUGGUGUCCAUGUUCCGUGGUAUGGGCCUUGACACAGCAUUCCGGACCCCUUCAAAACGAGAAGUGCCUCCUGUAGGCAGAGGUGUUCUAGGUCGAGGCUUGUCAGCUAAUGUGGUCCGCAAAGACAGAGAAGAACCCCGAUCCUCUUUGCCGGAUCCUUUGGUGCUGGCAGCUGGGGACAGCAAGCUCGCAGAGGCUUCUGUUGGUUGGAGUAGAAUGCUAGGAAGAGGCAGUUCUGAUGUCUCUUUGUUACCACUGGGAAGAGCAGCGAGUAGUAUAGGCAGAGGAGUGGAAAAACCUCACAGUGCCUUUGGCCUGACCACCCGGGAUCCCCCACGGCUGCCACAACCUCCAGCCCUGUCUCCACCCUCACUGCUCUCUGCAGAUUCCCCUCCAGUCCUGACUAUGGAACGAAAGGAGAAAGAGAUUUUGGUCAAGCAAGGAUCGAAAGGAACACCUCAGUCUUUGGGACUGAACCUCAUCAAAAUCCAGUGUCAUAAUGAAGCAGUUUAUCAGUAUCAUGUGACUUUCAGCCCCAAUGUGGAGUGCAAGAGCAUGAGGUUUGGCAUGUUGAAGGACCACCAAUCUGUCACUGGAACUGUCACUGCUUUUGAUGGCUCUAUCCUCUAUCUUCCUGUUAAGCUUCAGCAAGUUGUUGAGUUAAAAAGCCAGAGGAAAACUGAUGAUGCCGAGAUCAGCAUUAAGAUACAGCUGACGAAGAUCCUUGAGCCGUGUUCCGACUUGUGCAUUCCCUUCUACAAUGUUGUCUUCCGGCGGGUAAUGAAACUUUUGGAUAUGAAACUUGUGGGGAGGAACUUUUAUGACCCUACAAGUGCCAUGGUACUACAGCAACACAGAUUGCAGAUCUGGCCCGGCUACGCAGCUAGCAUCCGGAGGACAGAUGGAGGUCUCUUCCUGCUUGCUGAUGUCUCUCAUAAGGUCAUUCGGAAUGACUCGGUGUUGGACGUCAUGCAUGCUAUCUACCAGCAGAACAAGGAGCACUUUCAGGAUGAGUGCAGCAAGCUUCUGGUUGGCAGCAUCGUCAUCACACGCUACAACAACCGUACCUACCGCAUUGAUGACGUGGACUGGAACAAGACCCCCAAAGACAGCUUCGUGAUGUCUGACGGGAAGGAGAUCACAUUCCUGGAGUACUACAGCAAGAACUACGGGAUCACAGUUAAGGAAGAUGACCAACCGCUCCUCAUCCACAGGCCCAGUGAGAGACAGAACAACCACGGCACGUUGCUGAAGGGUGAGAUCCUGCUGCUGCCUGAGCUCUCCUUUAUGACGGGAAUCCCUGAGAAGAUGAAGAAGGACUUCAGGGCCAUGAAGGACUUGACUCAGCAGAUUAACCUGAGCCCCAAGCAGCACCACAGUGCUUUGGAAUGUCUGCUGCAGAGAAUUUCACAAAACGAGACAGCCAACAAUGAGCUGACCCGCUGGGGGCUCAGUCUACAAAAAGAUGUCCACAAGAUCGAAGGUCGUCUUCUUCCAAUGGAGAGGAUUAACUUAAGGAACACUUCAUUUGUCACAUCUGAGGACCUAAACUGGGUUAAGGAAGUGACCAGAGAUGCUUCCAUCCUGACUAUUCCCAUGCAUUUCUGGGCACUUUUUUACCCAAAGAGAGCAAUGGACCAAGCCAGAGAACUGGUUAACAUGUUGGAGAAGAUAGCUGGCCCCAUUGGUAUGCGCAUAAGCCCCCCAGCCUGGGUUGAACUGAAGGAUGACCGGAUAGAGACCUAUGUCAGGACCAUUCAGUCCUUACUAGGAGUGGAGGGGAAGAUACAGAUGGUCGUUUGCAUCAUCAUGGGCACACGUGAUGAUCUCUAUGGGGCCAUCAAGAAGCUGUGCUGUGUGCAGUCCCCAGUGCCCUCACAGGUCAUCAAUGUCCGAACCAUUGGUCAACCCACCCGGCUUCGGAGUGUGGCUCAGAAAAUUUUACUUCAGAUGAACUGUAAACUGGGUGGUGAGCUCUGGGGAGUGGAUAUCCCGCUGAAACAAUUAAUGGUGAUUGGGAUGGAUGUGUACCACGACCCCAGCAGAGGCAUGCGCUCUGUGGUUGGCUUCGUUGCCAGCAUAAAUCUUACACUCACCAAAUGGUAUUCGAGGGUGGUGUUCCAGAUGCCUCAUCAGGAGAUUGUGGACAGCCUGAAGCUCUGCCUGGUGGGCUCCUUGAAGAAAUACUACGAGGUGAACCACUGUCUCCCAGAGAAGAUCGUGGUGUAUCGAGAUGGAGUGUCUGAUGGCCAGCUAAAGACAGUUGCCAACUACGAGAUUCCUCAGCUGCAGAAGUGCUUUGAAGCUUUUGAUAACUACCACCCCAAGAUGGUGGUGUUUGUGGUUCAGAAGAAAAUCAGCACCAAUCUGUACCUUGCCGCUCCUGAUCACUUUGUGACCCCCUCCCCUGGGACUGUGGUUGAUCAUACCAUAACUAGCUGUGAGUGGGUGGAUUUCUACCUUCUUGCCCAUCAUGUGCGACAGGGCUGUGGCAUUCCUACACACUACAUCUGUGUCCUGAACACCGCAAAUCUGAGCCCCGAUCACAUGCAGAGGCUGACUUUCAAACUGUGCCACAUGUACUGGAAUUGGCCUGGUACCAUCCGAGUUCCAGCUCCUUGCAAGUAUGCCCACAAGCUAGCUUUCCUGUCUGGACAGAUUUUGCAUCAUGAACCAGCCAUCCAGCUGUGUGAGAACCUGUUCUUCCUAUAACUAGGAGUGUGGACAUUGGCUGCGAGGAGCAACUGGACUCCGGCUCACUCAUUCUCACAGAAUCAACAGAAAUGGCAGUGGGGUUUAUGUUGGCAUUUUCUCUUUCUCCAUCUUUGUAGAAUAGAUUUCUGUUGUUCUUUUAACCCAGAUAUUAUAGUAGAGUGUGGUGCUGCAUGCCUGUUAUUCCAAUACUUGGGAAACUGAAGCAGAAGGACCUUUAGUUCAAGGCCAGCCUGGGCUACAUGGUGAGUUCCAGGCUAGCCAAGUUUACAGAGUGAGACCCUGUCUCAAAAAACAAAAACAAGCCCCUGUCCCCACAAAGCCCACAACAAAACCAAAGCCUGGUGUAAAGGAAGCAAGUUAAGUACCAGCUCCCAGCUGCCUUUAUGGAGCAAAGCCAUGUCGACAGUACGGCUUCUGUGCGGAACAUAGGGUCAGGAACUUCCAGAGGCUGGGGGACAGGUCAGUGUUGAAGCAUGUUCUUAGCAUGUCAAAUCCCCGAGUCCAGUUCUCAGCAACCCCUCUAGCAAAUAAGUAAAGAAAGAAAACAUAGCCCCCAAGGCAGCGUGAGCAUCAGUUACCUGCAGGUAACUGUACGUUGUACCUACAGGACCUUCCCGUUUUUGUGCCAGAAGUGACACGAAUGAAGUCAUUGCAGACAUCUUAAAGGAGAGAGUUACUUAUUUGGGCAGCCAGGGAGGCCUAUGGAAAGGCCUGUGCAGCACAGGGUGUCAGGGAAAGCAGCUGUGCAUGUGUCAAAGACAUGCAGUAAAGGCAGCAUAAGGAACAGUCGGGCCCCUGAGCCCACUUCUCCCAGGGAUGUGAGUUCGCCUAUUCCCUGGCUUCCUGAGAGUCCAGCUGAAGCUGCUCUUCUGGACCUUUCAGUUAUUUACAGCCCUUGAAAUUGCUUUCCUGUAGCCCUGACAGACGCAUGUGUGUGUGCACACACGCCUUUGCUCUUUGUGACUGAUCCUGAGUAAAUUUGCCUAGAACAUGUGGGAAGAAUUCAGGAAAGUUGGGAACAUUAUGGAUGGAGUGUAGGGUUUUUUCUGCAGAAGUCUGUAACUGGGAUUAUACAAAAGAGAUUAUUCGAAAUCCAGUCUCAGGCUUUCCAAAGUUGGCUUGGGCAAAUGGGAUGCUCUCUCACCCAAGUCUAGACAGGUAGGAAGUUGUUCUCAGGCCUGUGGGCUUCAGUGUUUUGGAGAGGCAUCAGUUUUCUGUGUGUGUGUGGUUUUUUUUUUCCUUCUGUUUCACAAUCUUCCAAGUUUUUUCAGGCCUAAAUGGAUCAUCCCUUGCUUUACUGGGUUCUAAAAGCUAAUUUUACUUAACCUUUUCAAAUUUAUGUAUAUUUGUAUUUUGUGUGAUGGAUGGACGGUAGGGGAUUGAGCAGAAAUACUCAUUUUAAAUGACAGUGUGUGUUAAGAGCUUCAGCAUGAAACCACUGAAGAGCAACUGGGGCUGCGGUAGUCAGAUCAGCACGCUCGCAGAGCCGGCCCUGUCCUGGGCUUGAAAAAGAUAAAGCCCUUAGUUUGUGGCAGCACCCAGAGGCUGAGGAGGGAUGAGUAUUGGGGUCCUCAAAUGUACCCCUGGUGUUUGGAAUCUAUGACCAAGGUUGGGCUGAGAUCUGAAAUGUAAAAGCCAUAGAAUUAAACAGAACAGACUGAAAAUGGGCCUUUAGCUGAACAAGUUCCACGUUGUGGAUUUCUUUGGAAGUAUUUUGAGUUUGCUUUAGAAGUUGCUUUUCCUAGCACUUCUUUUCUCCUUAGGUAGAACAUGCUUAACUUUAAUUCCAGAAUGUCUGUGCUCUCUAUACCUGAUGUUCUUGACUUGUUUCUCAGUUUCAGUGCCAAGCAGUUGGGCCAUACGGUAUAAAAUAAAUACAUUCUAUGUCUGUAGCUGUGUCUGAAAGAUUAUGGUUUGUUUAAUAAGUGCCUCUAAUGUGCUUUUCCUUCAAAGAGAAGCAAAAGUUAGAGUUAUUCCUCUGGGAGACAUAGACAGUAAAGAACCUAAGUUUGUGUAUGAGCCUGGUUUGCAGGUCUGUCUGUCUGUCUUUCUUUCUGAAU